AUGGCCCAUCAAGCACAUGCCUAUCAUAUAGUAGACCCAAGCCCAUGACCCCUAACCGGGGCAGUCGCCGCCCUUUUAAUAACAUCUGGUUUAGCAAUUUGAAUACACUUCCACUCUACUACUCUAAUAACACUUGGUUUAAUUUUACUCUUAUUAACCAUGUAUCAAUGAUGACGAGAUAUUAUUCGAGAAGGUACCUUCCAAGGACACCAUACCCCACCCGUCCAAAAAGGGCUUCGGUACGGAAUAAUUUUAUUUAUUACCUCAGAAGUCUUCUUUUUCCUUGGAUUUUUUUGAGCGUUCUAUCAUUCAAGCCUUGCCCCUACCCCUGAGCUAGGCGGAUGCUGACCUCCUACAGGAAUUACUACACUAGAUCCUUUUGAAGUACCUCUUUUAAAUACAGCCGUUCUCCUAGCUUCAGGCGUCACAGUUACAUGAGCGCAUCACAGCAUUAUAGAAGGCAACCGAAAACAAGCUAUUCAAUCCCUCACCCUUACUAUUCUUCUAGGGUUUUACUUUACUAUUCUUCAAGCAUUAGAAUACUAUGAAGCACCAUUCACAAUUGCUGACGGAGUUUAUGGCUCAACCUUCUUUGUCGCAACAGGUUUCCAUGGCCUUCACGUAAUUAUUGGAUCCUCCUUCCUUGCUGUAUGCCUGCUCCGACAAGUCCAACAUCACUUUACAUCACAACAUCACUUUGGCUUCGAAGCAGCUGCUUGAUAUUGACAUUUCGUUGAUGUAGUUUGACUCUUCCUAUACAUCUCAAUUUACUGAUGAGGCUCAU